AUGAUACCUAUAAGUAGUAUGGAUAAUGUUGCUAUGCAUUCUACUGAUGGCACUGGAGAACGCAUAAAGAAGAGACCAAAGGUGGCAAUAGAGAAGGAGAGUAGUAGUACUACUACGACAAGUAGUAGUCGGAGUAAUAGUAAUAAUAGGACAACAUAUCAAACAAAGAAUAAUACAUUGGCAAAUAUGAAUCAUAACCAUCAUCACAUUAAUGCGACACCUCUGACUACCUCUACCACAUCUACAAGUACAACUACAACAACGAGCACAACAAGUCCAACAUUACCAAGUCCAACAUUACCAAGUACAACAACUACCAAUACAAAUGGUACUCCAAGUACGAGCACUAGCACAACAAGCACAACAAGCAGUAAUAGUGAAGCAGAACAUGGAAGAUAUGGCUUUGGUGAACUAUUGAGCUUGAUGGAGAAUGAGGAGAAAUGGUUGGAUGAUGAUGACAAUGGUGAUGAUGAAGAUGAUGAAGACGAUUGUUCAAUUCUAUGCAAUUUGAGGAAUGUCCGUACUCCUACUUCUCGUGAUAUUGUCAAUGUUGAUCAAGAUGACGAAGAUGAAGAAGAUGAAGAUGAGGAUGACGACGAAGAUGACGAGGAAUAUGAUAGAGAUAAGAUUUUGGAAGAUAUGAGUAGGAGAAGAUUAUCAAACUUCCUACUAAGAGCACAAUAUGAAUUACAAUAUCAUCAGAAGCAAUCAAGAUUCGUUGAUACAUUGGAUAGACUUCACAAUGAGAUACAUUCUCUGAGGGACAAGAUAGAGACGAAAGAGAGUGAGAUUGUCGAUUUGAAUUAUAAACUGGAGGCACGCGAUCGUCUCCUUCAAUCACUUCCCAAGGAGUUGGUACUAAACUGGAUGAUGUCCAGUCAGAUCAUGCAGUUGGACAAUGGCAACAACGGCAACAACAAUGAGUCACAGUCAAGAGGCGAGAACAAGAGCAACAACAACAACAACAACAAGUGCACAGGAGGCAACAAUAGAUCAUUGGGC